GGGUGCCGACACGCGCCCGUCUUCGCGCGACGCCGUCGGCUGUUCCCCGGGAGGUCGAGCACGGGUCCAUCCGGACGCUGGUCCCGUGAUGGGGAUUUAAAGGCCGUUCGGCCACGGAGGUGGGUGGGUGAAGGUUUCUUGGCUUCCGCAAGCGGGGAUCGUUUUGCACGUUCCCGGGGGAGCAAAGGUCGCGGGCGGCCGCACCUGCCCGGAUUUAGCACCGUUGUAGCGCUGACGUCCCUUCCACCUCGCUCGUCCACGCCCCUGGCAUCUUUUUUGCGGGUUGGCAAAUUCAUCCCGAUGUGCACCAAAACCCCAAACCCCACCCCAAGCAGUCAAGCUGAUUUUUGUUUCGUUUUUAUUCUGCUAAUUCUCAAAAAAUAGCUCUUUACUCGGGGGAGGAAUAAUGUCAGUUUAAAAAUCUGGAGGACUCGGUUUUCCCCUCCUGAACCAAGCAGGGAGCGGUGUGCAGCUGCAGCAGCAGCGGUGCGAGUGCCUCCAUUCUGCCUCGUCACAGCCCUGGCUGGGAACAACUCUGGCUGGAGGGUGAAAGACUCAUUCAGUCUUUGGGCAUUUGUUAAAAAAAAAAAAAGUAACAAAAUUUUCUGAAAACGAAGCGGAGCUGACUCAUCCUUACUGACCGACGCAGGGUUGUGUCUCUGGGGAAUAUUUAUAGUGAUACCCACUGAAACAGAUCCCAUCUUGUUUCUGGGGUGGUCUAGUGAGGAUCAGAAGCGGGUUGCAGUUUGUUUGGUUCGGUGCCGUGGAUGGUUGAAUAAUCACCUGUCUCAUGGCGUUUCAGCUCUGAAAUUUUGUCAGAAUUCCUUCGAAAAAGGGCUUUUGCACUAUUGAAAAGACAUCCUAGAACAAUCCCUCCUCCCAGCACUCUCCAUUGAGGGUUUACGCUGAUCCACGGUCUGUACCUUUUCUUCCUGCCCACGUUUCGGGUGGUGUGGGGGGGUGUGAUGGUGCGUGGGAUGCCGCCGUCGGUUGCCAUAGCAGCAGGAGCGAUGUCCCCAGCCCCCGGCUCCCUGCGGGAUGCAGUCGGGGAAGACAGCGCAGGCCCUCCUGGCUUUGGCAUCUUCUGCAGGUAGAGAAAGCCCCAUCCACCGGCUCCGUAGCCCGAGCUCCGGUGCGGUGGAUGCUCCUCUUCUGUGCGAGGAGAGCGAGCUGUCAAAUGACGCUGGAAGACAAAAUGCCCUUUUCGUUAGUCAUCCCCAUUGAUCUGGCGCUGGGUGUUCCCGCAACGGGGCCGGGAGCGAGGGACGUGUGCCUUCUUGAGCGCUUUGCCGGGGCGUGCGCCAGCCUUGCCCCUGCGCCGUGCUGGUGGCACGGGGUGGGACAGCAGCGCUGCUCGUCUCCUCCUCUGCAGGUGUUUGAAAGGAACAGAUAGUUAACCUGAAUGUCUAAUUUAACGUAUAAGGUAUGUGGUUCUUUGUUCUUCCCUUGCGGUUUUAGUAACUACAGUAGCUACGGCAGGCUGCAAUAUCCCCCAACUUUGUUUAGUUGUUACUUCUAUGUGAUAGUUUAAUAAGGGGUUGCUGUACAAUGUUGUCGUUCUUCAUUUAUACCCAUACAAUUAAGAGCAGGCUCUUUCUUUCUUUAAUUCCAUAAAUAUUAAUAUAGACUAAAUAAUAAUAUUUACAUUUGCUUUUCAGGGGUUUAUCUCCUCUGUUCUCCUGUGUUUAUUGGGCUACAGAGAUACCGCAUAAACCAGUCUCUGAAACCUAAAUCUGCUCCAUCAUGUAUGUAGUUCAAAAGCAAAGCUGCGGUAGGAAGGCUGUGAUCCUACGAGUGUCAGAGGGACGCUGCAUGGGUUUACUAAUACCUGCAUGAAAGAAACUGGACUCCUGAGUCUUAAAUUUUGAGUCAUAAUGGUGCAUGGAUUAUACAACGUCGGCACAGUAGCAAGUUGGGGCAAAAAGUGUUGUUAAGUAUUGUGUCCCAUAAUGCAGAGUGUUUACAAAUCACGUGCUUAUACUGGCUUCUCAAAAGACUUUUGAAUGUGCCGAACUUGAUGUUUGACCUCAGUGGGACUACUCAUGUGUUUACAGUUAAGCGUAUUUUUAAACCUCUGCACAAUUAGGCCUUCUGAACCUGAUUCAAAGCAGACCGUAGUCAUGACUUGAAUGGAUUUGAGAUCUGGACCAUAAAACCCAAACUGUGGAGCCAGCACCGUGCUCACCUGGCAGCCCGGGAUGUCGGACGGUGGGACAGGGACACCGGUGCUGCGCGGAGCUGGUGACUCCGGCCAGCCUGCUGUGGCGUGCGGAGAGAGCUGGGCCCUGUUCUGCCCGAGAGCAAAAGCACCGUCCUUCGUGGCCUAUUUAUUGAUACAACAUGUGUUGGUUGGGAAAUGACACUGCACAGGCUGGGGGUCCAGAAAGGUGCUUAGAAGUUGCUUCAUACCAAGGAAUAAUUUUUCCUUUAAUGAAGGAGAUAAAUGAGAAAUAAAUCAGGGUUUUUUUGAUCUUGAGGCAAGAGACCCUAGUGUGCUUUUUUCCUCAUGCAGACAGACUGUACCUGGUCUCAUAACCCGAUGCUGUCUGUCCCUCUCAGCUCACAACGCAGGUGGGAUGUGUCCCUGGCAGCUGUUACGCAUCAGCUCUGCGCUUACUAUCUUUUCAGGGGUACCGCUUGUGGAGACGGGGACCUGAAAUGUUUAGAACUACUGUUAUCAUCAAGAAAUGGUACAAGAGUUCAAAUUUAUGAGGGGAAAAUGUGGCUAGGGUAAGGUUAAAUCCAACCUUUUUAUUUUCUUAGCCUUGAAUCCAAUAGAUUCCCAUUGUCUUCAUGGGAAUUUUAUUCUUAUAAUUAAUUUUAUUCUUAUCUUAAAUUUUUAGGUUGCUAUUCCCCCUCAGGUAAAUAUCAUAAAGUUGGUAAGUCUGUAGGGCAGCUUUAACUGAAGCACAUAAGAGAGUUAUCAAGCAGAGAUGAGUUUUUCUUUGGUUGCAGCCAGUCCUUACAUUUGCCAAGGGUACCCCAGGGUUUUGCUGCCUAUUGGGCUGAUUUUGAUUUAAUUGCCCAGAACUGCAUCGUAGGAUGAAAACUUUGCCAUCUGUGACACUGGAAAAUACACAGAUUUGGCCUGCUGAAAGUGCUUCGUCUUUAAUGAAAUCUUCACUAGGGCUGGCUCUUGGGUCCUGCAGCUCCAGAGGAAGCUUCCUAUUUUCUCCCUGUGGCAGUUAUAAAUCAGGCGCUCGUGGCGGUGGUCCUCACGGCAGCUCUUGGAGAUAACUCCUCAGUUCAGAUUUUCUUCAGUCAUGACUCGUGCUAUGGUAUUUCCUACUCAAGAAAAAAUAUUUUCCUACUUAGAACACAUUAUAUGUAUUCUACUUGGCCUGCUUUGUGCAGGAGUUGAGGUGCACAGUCACUCUGAGCUAUUUGCAUGGUUGGACACAGAUAAAAGCAAUGAAUUCAUUUCAGCUCUAACCUAAUCUGAGUUAAUGUGCUGGAAUCCCACUGGUGAAAAGCAAGGGCACUUGGCCAUGGCCAUUCCUUGAUCCUUUAAGAGUUUGAAUCCCUGUUAAGCAUGCUUGUCUUACAACCUGCACUCACACAGGAUGUAAUCAGUUUUGUUUUCCAUCUGUUAAAAAAGAGGCUUCCGAUUAGUCAGUGCAAACAGAAAUAAUUAUUUUUGUUCUUGCUGACAACAGCAAGGUUAACUACCACGUACCUAGCUCGUAGUGUUUUUCACGCUCAGCAAUUUUAAACACCUUGCUCUGGGUGCAUUACAUGAUUUGCCUUACGACCGGCAGGGAUUUGGCUUUCAAUAUUGUCCCUUAAUUAUAGUAAUUGCCUAAGUGGAGAUCUCGACGUCUCCCACUGUCCUGCAGCCACAGCCCAGACUGCAGCAGUGGAGCAGCCUGUCACAGCUCAUCCAGACGACGAGCCUGACCACAUCCAGUGGAGAAAUACACAAACACCAGUGGGAGCAAAACUUGGCUUCAUGGCUUGGAGGAGGGAAAAACAUAACCUACAAAAUCCAAACCAAAAGCACACAGCAUUCAGUUUUCAAGAAAAUAUUUUGGUUUUAUGAAGUGACUCAAAGGGACUGUUGGUAAAAUAGAUUUGGUAGAUUCCAAAGUGCAGCUGGCAGAGCAGUGCAUUAUCUUCCAAACCAAUGCUUAUUUGAUUUUCAAGUGUAGGAUUUUUAACAUUUUUAAUUUUUGAUGAUGCUAAAUGGAAAUACCCAUCAGAGGGUCUCAUGAGACUGGGUUGCUCUGGCAGGGAAGAAGCACUUUCUGAACACGUACAGCCCUUAGUGAAUCCUGCCACCCGUCUCCUGAGUGCUGCCUUAGCUCUGACCUUAAGAAAAUGGCUGUUCCACCUGCUUAUGCUGAUCUGGGUAAAUCCGCCAGAGAUGUUUUCACCAAGGGAUAUGGUUUUGGCUUAAUAAAACUUGAUUUGAAAACAAAAUCUGAAAAUGGACUGGAAUUUACAAGCUCAGGUUCGGCAAACUCAGAAACAAGCAAAGUUAGUGGUAGUUUGGAAACAAAAUACAAAUGGGUGGAAUAUGGAUUGAUGUUCACGGAAAAGUGGAACACCGACAACACACUAGGCACUGAGAUUACUCUUGAAGAUCAGCUUGCACGUGGCCUGAAGCUGACCUUUGACUCCUCCUUCUCUCCUAACACUGGGAAGAAGAGCGCUAAAGUUAAGACAGGGUACAAAAGGGAACACAUCAACAUUGGCUGCGACAUGGAUUUUGAUAUUGCUGGUCCUUCAAUACGUGGAGCCCUGGUGGUUGGCUACGAGGGGUGGCUGGCAGGUUACCAAAUGACUUUUGAGACAACGAAGUCUAGAGUAACCCAGAGCAACUUUGCUGUUGGCUACAAGACUGAUGAAUUCCAGCUUCAUACUAAUGUGAAUGAUGGAACGGAAUUUGGCGGCUCCAUUUACCAGAAGGUGAAUGAUAAACUGGAAACUGCUGUGAAUCUUGCUUGGACAGCCGGUAAUAGCAACACUCGCUUUGGAAUAGCAGCCAAGUAUCAGAUUGACCCAGAUGCCUCUUUUUCUGCUAAAGUGAACAACUCCAGUCUGAUUGGAUUAGGAUACACUCAGACUUUAAAGCCAGGUAUCAAACUGACAUUGUCAGCUUUGUUGGAUGGCAAGAACGUCAACGCAGGUGGUCACAAACUUGGUCUAGGAUUGGAAUUUGAAGCAUAAGGAGUGAUUCUACAAUCACUAAUUUGAAAAUACAGCAUAGCUACCUUCAGAAUAUAGUGUACCUUUCAAUGUUUUAUGUCUGGGAUGCAAGUAUUGCUAAGUAUCAGUCCUGCUAGUCCUGGUUAAAGACAGCUAAGCUUUAAAAAUGAUGUUGUUACAGAAAUGGAGACAAAAGC